CACUUCCUUCUCAACGGCGCUGAUUCUGGUCUGCUCCGUGAAGCGGAAGAAUUAUGAAUCAAAUCAAAUGUUAUUGGUCACAAACAUAUUUUAUUGCUGCUGUAGCGAAAUGCUUGUAAUGCACUGACUACUGCGGAUGUUGCAUUAUUGAAAAUGCUGCAUGGACACUGCAGACAUCGGAUUGAACAUACUUUGGGCUUUUCUGGUUCGCUGCACGAAUAGCGCUGCUGUAAACAGUCUGGUAUUUUAUAGGCGUCCAUUACUGGGCCUCAGACAAUUAAACUAUCUGGACUCUCGAAGAGGACGUUGUUUCAAGUGGAUCUCGGGUAGAGUUAGGCGACAACAGACAACAGGAUUCUUGAAACGCUGAAGAAAGAAUAGCUUACACGAUGAAUCGGGACAGACCUAGUCCAUCCCCCUCCAACCUGCCGGAGUCCCCUGGUCACAACUCUCCUGGUAGCGCCUUACUGCUGGAUCUGAAGAGGGUGUCUGUGUUGCUGGUCGACUACAGGAAAACACCAGGAACUGUGAGAGAAGGACACGAGGAGGGAGAUGAAGAUUUGAUUUCAUCAAGGGACAGCACGAACCAUUCUCUCAGUUGGAGGGGCUUGUCAUCUGCGGAGCCUCAACAACAUUGUGUUGCUGAAGAGACAGAGACGUGUCUCUAUAGACCAGAGCACCCCAAGAAACACCAGCAGAGAUGUAUAGGGAAGAAACCUCAACACUGCUGCUCUGACUGUGGGAAGAGUUUCACUAGCAGGAGUGAUUUCAUUAUUCACCAGUGGAUUCACACCCGGGAGAAACCGUACUGCUGCUCUCAGUGCGGGAAGAGUUUCAGUGCUUCUAACGCCUUCCAAUCUCAUCUGCAAAUUCAUGCAGGGGAGAGGCCUUACCCUUGCCUUGAUCAGUCAAGCAACCUGACUACACACCAGCUAACACAAACUGGAGUGAAGCCUUUUAUCUGUGAUCAGUGUGGAAAGAGCUUUGCUGUAGCUUCCACCCUGAGUAGACACCAGGUUACACACACUGGAGAGAAGCCUUAUAGCUGUGAUCAGUGUGGGAAAAGCUUUGCUGUAGUUUCCUCCCUGAUUAGACACCAUCGAACACACACUGGAGAGAAGCCUUAUAGCUGUUAUCAAUGUGGAAAGAGCUUUGCUGUAUCAGAAAAACUAACUAUACACCAGCGAACACACACAGGAGAAAAGCCUUAUAGCUGUGAUCAGUGUGGGAAGAGCUUUGCUGUAGUUUCCUCCCUGAUUAGACACCAUCGAACACACACUGGAGAGAAGCCUUAUAGCUGUUAUCAGUGUGGAAAGAGCUUUGCUUUAUCAGAAAAACUAACUAUACACCAGCGAACACACACAGGUGAGAAGCCUUAUCGCUGUGAUCAGUGUGGGAAGAGCUUUGCUGUAGCUUCCACCCUGAAUAGACACCAGCUAACACACAGUGGAGAGAAGCCUUACAGCUGUGAUCAGUGUGGGAAGAGCUUUGCUGUAGUUUCCUCCCUGAUUAGACACCAUCAAACACACACUGGAGAGAAAACUUAUGUCUGUCUAUGUGGGAAGAGCUUUGCUCUAGCUUCCACCCUGACUACACACCAGCGAACACACACUGGAGAGAAGCCCUAUAGCUGUUAUCAGUGUGGCAAGAGCUUCAGUCAAUCAGUACACCUGAAUACACACCAGCGAACACACACAGGAGAGAAGCCUUACAGAUGUGACCAUUGUGGAAAGAGCUUCAGUCAAUCAGUACACCUGAAUACACACCAGCGAACACACACAGGAGAGAAGCCUUACAGCUGUGAUCAUUGUGGAAAGAGCUUCAGUCAAUCAUUAAACCUGAAAACACACCAGCUAACACACACUGGAGAGAAACAUUAGAUAGACAUACAGUACCAGUCAAAAGUUUGGACACACCUACACAUUCCAGGGUUUUUCUUAAUUUUUUGUAUUUUAUACAUUGUAGAAUAAUAGUGAAGCCAUAAAAACUAUCGACAUAACACAUAUGGAAUCAUGUAGUAACCAAGACAUUUUUUAAAUAAUUCAAAAUAUAUUUAAGAUUUUUCAAAGUAGCCACCCUUUGCCUUGAUGACAGUUUUGCACACUCUUGGCAUUCUCUCAACCAGCUUCAUGAGGUAGUCACCUGGAAUGCAUUUCAAUUAACAGGUGUGCCUUGUUAGAAGUUCAUUUGUGGUAUUUCUUUCCUUCUUAAUGCCUUUGAGCCAAUCAGUUGUGUUGUGACAUGGUAGGGGUUAUAUACAGAAGUUAGCCCUAUUUGGUAAAAUACCAAGUCCAUAUUAGGGCAAGAACAGCUCAAAUAAGCACAGAGAAACAACAGUACAUCAUUACUUUAAGACAUGGUCAGUCAAUAUGGAAUAUUUCAAGAACUUUGAAAGUUCACUAAAACUUGCGCUUAAAUCUGAUUGAUUUCAACUCGUCUAAUAUCCAUUGCUCGUGUUUCUUGGCCCAAGCAAGUCUGUUCAUCCUAUUGGUGUCCUUUAUUAGUGGUUUCUUUGCAGCAUUUCGACCAUGAAGGCCUGAUUUCACGCAGUCUCCUCUGAACAGAGAAGGUUAAAUUAAAGUUUUAAAUAAAAAAUACAAAAACAGUUGAUGUUGAGAUGUGUCUGUUACUUGAACUAUGUGAAGCAUUUAUUUGGGCAAUCAUUUCUGAGCCUGGUAACUCUAAUGAGCUUUUACUCUGCAGCAGACGUGAAUCUGGGUCUUCCUUUCCUGUGGCGGUCCUCAUGAGAGCACUCAUCAUAGUGCUUGAUGGUUUUUGCGACAGACCGUAUACACUUUUCUUAUUUGAGCUGUUGUUGCCACCAUAUGGACUUGGUAUUUUGCCAAAUAGGGCUAUCUUUUGAAUACCACCCCUACCUUGUCACAACACAACUGAUUGGCUCAAACGCAUCCAGGUGACUACCUCAUGAACCUAGUUGAGAGAAUGCCAAGAAUGUGCAAAGCUUUCAUCAAGGCAAAGGGUGGCUACUUUGAAGAAUCUCAAAUAUGUUUUGAUUUGUUUAACACUUUUUUUUUGGUUACUACAUGAUUCUAUAUGUGUUUUUUCAUAGUUUUCAGGUCUUCUUGUUAAGAUGGUGCCGAAAAGAUGGCUGACAUUUUACAUGUCCGUAACCAAUUAUUUUGUUAUUUUUUUUGCUUUUGUAACUUAUUUUUUAACUUAUUUUGUACAUAAUGUUACUUCUACCAUCUCUUAUGACCAAAAAAUAACUUCUGGACAUCAGAACUGGGAUUACCCACCACGAACUGGAAGAAGCUUUUUCCUUUAACAAGUCACAAGAAAGAUAUACUGCUCUCCCGGGAACAGGCCCAUCUCCCCAUCAUUUGCGUGAAGAAAAGACGGAAAAGAGGACGCAUAACGGGGUGCCUUUUAAGAAUCUGUAGGGAAGCGAGUAAACUUCCACUGCGAUUAAUUCUAUUUGCUGGCAUGCAAUCAUUGGAAAAUAAAAUUGAUGUCCUAUGAUUAUCCUACCGACAGGACAUUAAGAACUGUAAUAUCUUAUGUUUCACCGAGUCGUGGCUGAACGACAACACAGAUAAUAUAGAGCUGGAGGGAUUUUCAAUGCACGGCAGAUCAGAGAAGCUACGUCUGGUAAGACUAGGGGUGGUGGUGUGUGUCUUUUUGUCAAUAACAGCUGGUGCGUGAUGUCUAAUAUUAAAGAAGUUUCGAGGUAUUGCUCACCUGAGGUAGAAUACCUUAUGAUAAGCUGUAGACCACACUAUCUACCAAGAGAGUUCUCAUCUAUAUUAUUCGUAGCCGUCUAUUUACCACCACAGACCGAUGCUGGCACUAAGACCUAAAAGAAAACUCUAUAAGGCCAUAAGCAAAGAAGAAAAUGCUCACCCAAGGAAUCAAAGGUAACCUACCUAAAUG